AUGCAGGUGGAAACACAGCAGAAGAAAGUUGGCCAGUUCACCGCUCUUUUUGCUGUGGGCGCGUUUUUGCCAACGGUUGGAGACAAAGAGGCGGCCGCUGGAUUGGCGGAGUUUGUUUCGGGCGGCCGAAAGGUUCCCAUCGACACCUACUUUAUAGAUAGCCAGAGCGCCGCCUUCCUGCAGGCCGCUCCCGAGGGCAAGCAACUUUGCGAGAACCUCAAUUUCCUGGGCGGUUUCGGGAUUCGCGAAAUCCAUGGGCUGACGGUCGCUUACUUGUCGGGGCCGGGACCCCAGUUCAGCUCCCGAAGCCUGCUUGCUUUGGCAGUCCCUCGUUGGGGCGAAGAUUCUCGGGUUCGCCCCUAUGUCCUGGCCACCUUUGUGCUCGGCCAUCGAUUCAGGAGGCUCAGGCAGCUCGCAGGCGGCAAAGGGCGGACGCGGCUGCGUGCGACGGCGCAAGACCAAGGAGUUCUCCGGCAGCAGCUGGAUUUGAAAACCCCUUAUGGCAGCGUCGAGGUUGUGGUGCUGAAGCCAACCGUAGCCUUGGAGCGCCGGGUCCCCGCGGUGCUUGUGAACGUGGGCUGCUAUUAUGCCCUGGCCGAGACGCUGGAAAAGGCUGAAGGCCCAAGGUAUAUUUCUUUAGAUUGUGCCUACAUUAUCUGGCGAGCGACCGGGCCCAUUGAGGAGGUGGCUGACCUGGUUUUUCAGAGAUGGCAAGCUGACGCGGCCGUCGUGCUGGAUUGGCUGGGUCAGCAGACCUGGUGCAAUGGUCGAGUCGGCUGCCAUGGCUACAGCCUCCUUGGGAAUACAUCCUAUGCCACGCUGGCGGCAUCACACGCUAAAGAUGCCCCGAAGGAUCGUCCUCUAGUUUGUGCCUUGGUUCCCGUCAUCUCCUUCUCCCGCAUCCAUCCGACGGUCUUUGUCAAUGGACAGAGUCUGGCUGCAGAGCUGGCUUUGCGCUUCAUCUGGCUGGCGGAAGUGGGCUUGCGACAAGAUCGCCAGGGCGGCUUUGGCUUCUUGUGGAACAUGUUUCGCUUCUUCUCUUUGGAGGAUUGGCCAGGUCUUGAUUCAGCUCUGGCGAAACGACCGGUGAGCGAAGCGGAUUCGGAUCUCUGGGGUCGACCCAACGUUCUCUGGCGUGGCGGCCAGACCGCGCGCGGUGCGGCAGAUCCAUUUUGGGCAGAAGGUCGGGACGUGCAGUGUCACUUUGCGGAUUUCCGGGAGCCUCCAAGCAUCCAUGUGAUCGCUGGUUGGAAUGACAUGUUUCUAGCUCAAAGUCUGCAAGACUUUCAGCUAGCCACCCAAGCCACGAACGGAGCGGCAAGAUUGACAAUCUUCACCGGAGGCCACUUCGGUGUGGUGGUGAAUCAUGGAGCAAAGGUUGCGGAAAGUACGCGGCAGUGGUACCGCCAAAACUUGAUCGGCACGAGCGGCGCAGCUUCGCGCGCGGCAGUGCGCAUGCAACUUAUCCAGGAGGAUGCGGACGGGGAGGAAGCAUGGCUAGAGUGCGACGUUUGGCCGCCGCCCUCCAAGCCCAUGCAGUUCUUUUUCCAGGAGAAGGAUGCUGGCUUGGGCACGGGCUUGCUGCUUCCAGGUGGUCCAGGCAGGGAAGCAGGUGCAUUGUCAUAUGUUUAUGAUCCCAAAGAUCCUACGCCCUACGCUGGCGAUGGCUGGCUCAACCUCCAGAAAGACGGGGCUCAGGACCAGAGAUCUUUCGAAAGCUCUCGGUUGCGAGACGUGCUCGUUCUCACCUCUGCUCCAUUGCAGCAGUCCCUGGAGAUCGUCGGCGAGGUCUCUGCAACGCUGUACGUCAGCUGCGCGGCACCAGAAUGUGACAUCAUUGUGCGGCUUUGCGCAGUCCGUGAGCCAUCAAGUGGCUGGGGGUCGUCCGAGCCUGGCUUUCUUGACCGCAUCCUGGACCCCCGUGGCUUGAGUCGUGGGUCUUCCGUGAACUUGUGCGAAGACAUCGUCCGAGUGAAGUUUCAGAAGGAUUCGGUGAGUCGCGUGGACAUCUCGGUUGGGGUGACGGCGUGUCACUUCCGCGCUGGCGACGCCGUCCGACUGCACGUUUGUUCGGCGGCCCAUCCGCGCUGGCUGCGCCAUCCUCUCCAAGAUGAGAAAGAAGAUUGGCUCCUGGGCGGCUCCGAGGUCGGGCCACCCGCGACAGUCACCGUCUUCGCUGACCACGAGCACCCCUCGCACGUGACACUUCCGGUUCGCAGCAGUGCUGUUCGCAUGUCAGGCUCCUUGUGA